CGGCGGCGGCGGCGGCGCGCUGAGGUGAAGGGAGGCAGCCGCCAUGGCGAGCCAGUCGCAGGGUAUCCAGCAGCUGUUGCAGGCCGAGAACCGCGCCGCCGAGAAGGUGGCCGACGCCCGUAAGAGAAAGAAUCGGAGGCUGAAGCAGGCAAAAGAAGAAGCCCAGGCAGAGAUUGAGCAGUACCGCCUGCAGAGGGAGAAGGAGUUCAAAGCCAAGGAAGCAGCGGCACUUGGAUCUCAUGGCAGCUGCACCACUGAAGUUGAGAAAGAGACCCAGGAAAAGAUGAGCGUGAUCCAGCAGAACUUCCAGAAGAACCGUGAGGUGGUCCUCUCCCAGCUGUUGUCGCUAGUGUGUGACAUCAAACCCGAAAUCCAUGUGAAUUACCGCAUCAAUGGGUAGUAGUGGAAGAAGGAAUAAGCAUCCUGGAAAUGCUGGUAGUAACGUCUGAGCUUCAGGUGGAAUGUACAGCUCUUAGCCAUACCUUAACUGUUCUUUGUGUGUAUGUGUUAAAUUAUUUCAGUGAGUUGUAAGUCAUCGAUAUCUUGUUGGAGUUCUCUUAGUUUCUCUCUUGACAUGGAUUCAGAGCUUAAUCAAACAUUAAAUGCCCAUGUCUCAAAUCUGUGCAAAGUUAUUAAAUAUAUAUUCAAGUUGGCACAUUAAUGCUUCCGUUUUAUCUGGAUAGUAUUCAGUGAGAGGCUUUCCUCUGAGAAGUAGAGAGAGCACUGCUGGCCAGGUUUAA